UCUAGAAAUUGCAUUCUCACCAAAUAAUAACGAAGUUCACAUAUACAAAAAGGAAGGAAAUGACUGGAAGCAAACAAACAACCUUGUAGAACAUGACCUUAGAGUGAUGGGGAUUGAUUGGGCUCCCAACACCAACCGUAUUGUUACGUGUUCUGUUGACCGUAAUGCUUACGUCUGGACUCAAGGAGAUGAUGGGAAAUGGGCAACUACCCUUGUUCUUCUGCGUAUCAACCGAGCAGCGACUUGCGUGAAAUGGUCUCCCAUGGAGAACAAGUUUGCUGUCGGGUCAGGAGCUAGAUUGAUAUCAAUUUGCUAUUUUGAGAAGGAAAAUAAUUGGUGGGUGUCUAAGCAUAUUAAGAAGCCCAUUCGUUCGACUGUGACAUCUAUUGAUUGGCAUCCCAAUAACAUUUUGCUCGUCGCUGGCUCUGCUGACUUCAAAGUACGAGUUUUCUCUGCCUAUAUCAAGGAUAUCGAAGAUCAGCCUGGACCGAAUGUGUGGGGCUCUAAGUUGCCUUUAGGACAACUGUUAGCAGAGUUUCCCAAUUCGCCUUCAGGUGGCGGUUGGGUCCACAGCGUUUCCUUCUCUGCGGACGGAAAUAAAGUUGCCUGGGUCGCCCACGACAGCUCAAUCAACGUAACCGAUGCUACUAAAGGAAGGGCUGUCAUAAAACUAAAGACUGAAUACCUGCCAUUCUUGGGAUGCAGUUGGAUCACCAACAAUUCCCUGAUAGUAGCAGGCCACAGCUGCAUUCCGUUAUUGUACUGCCACGACGGUGACGAUAUUAAGUAUGUCGCCAAACUCGACAACACUCAGAGGAAGGAGUCCGGGGGACUGUCUGCUAUGAAGAAGUUCCAGUCCUUGGAUCGUCAUGCUCGUAUCGAGACCAGCGAUACAUUCUUGGACUCGAUACACCAGAACGCUAUCUCGUGCAUCAAUAUUUACAAAGGAACUAAAUCCCACACUAACAAGUUCAGUACUUCAGGUCUCGACGGCCAGCUCGUCAUAUGGGACUUGGACACUUUGGAGAGGUCAUUUGAAGGAAUCAAGAUUGUCUAAAUAAAAACUGUAUACGUUAUUUUAUUUAUUUAUUUAUGCAAUUAAUAAUCAGUUUGAAACGAGUUCCGAAGUCACUCAACAAAUAUAUAAAUGGAGAAAGCGGUGAAUAUAUCGCGAUCACAGUCUCAUCAGUCUAGCGUAAAAAUAAAUCAAAGCAAUCCAGAGUGAAUUCAGCUCGUAAAAAUUUAAAACUUUCAAAUAUACAGAACAAACAAUAAAUUAUAGAUACAACUUGUUUUAUUA